AUGGAUUUCCAAAAUCGCGCCGGCUCGAAAUUCGGCGGCGGAGGCGUCGCUUCUCAAUCCGCCACCAACGCCGACCGUCGCGAACGUCUUCGCAAGCUCGCUCUCGAGACCAUCGACCUCGACAAGGACCCCUACUUCUUCAAGAAUCACGUCGGCUCAUUCGAGUGCCGUCUUUGUCUCACGGUCCACCAGAAUGAUGGCUCCUACCUCGCUCAUACCCAGGGCAAGAAACAUCAGACCAACCUCGCCCGUCGCGCUGCUCGCGAGCAAAAAGAAGGUCGUCAAGGUGCCGUUGACCCAGCUACCGGCCUCCCCAUUGGAGUCACAGGUGCAGGCUUCGCGCAGCGUCGCAACGUCGUAAAGAUCGGACGCCCCGGAUACAAGAUCACCAAGAUCCGCGACCCUGUCUCCCGUCAGCAGGGUCUGCUCUUCCAGCUCCAAUAUCCCGAUGCGACCCCCGAAACAUCUCCCAAGUGGCAGGUCAUGAACGCCUUCACUCAGCACGUCGAGGAGCCCGACAAGAACUUCCAAUAUCUACUCGUCGCCGCCGAACCUUACGAGACGGUUGGCUUCAAAAUUCCUGCCCGUGAGCUUGACAAGCGCGAGGACAAGCAGUUUGCCUUUUGGGAUCCGGAUGCCAAGGAGUAUUGGAUUCAGGUCAUGUUUAUGACUGAGCGCGAGGAACGCUUCAACGCGGCUCCUGGUUUGACGGCAAGGAGGUAA